UGUUAAAUACAACGCAAUGGUCCCGCCUUAACGAUUCAUAACACCACAGCAGUUUGAAUAGACGUGCAAAGGACUUCUUUCAAAAUGAAUUACAAUCCUUUGGAAACAAUGGAUAGGAAUAAUAAUGAUUUUGGGAUUAUAAGCAACAACGAAGGUGAAAUAUUUGAUAAAGUUAUGAUGUCUGCAGAGAACGAGGAUGAUUGUAAUUAUUUGAAUUUGAUCGCUGAGUGCAUUUCAGAAAUUUCCCAGGCUGAGUCUAACGAAAAGAAUUGUUCAGUUGAAGUUAUUAGUGAGACGUGCGAAGUACAUAAAUAUUACCAGCAGACAGCCGAUGCAACAGUCGAAAACCACUUCACUCGCUCGCUUGCCACUGAAGAAUUGAACAUGUCAACAGAUGCGAGUAAGAAAGAACUCCCAGUUAAAAAGACAGGAGCAUCAAAGAGAAAAGCAAGGCGAAAACCAACAGUCACAUCGUUGAUGCCAAGUCGUCCUCAGGUUACAAAACACGCACGUGUCGAACACACCAUGGUUCAACCAAUGCCACCUGUUCAACCAAUAAGACCGGCUGAACCAAUGAGACCUGUUGUGGUUCAACCAUACACUCUCAUGCAUCCAGUGUGCGGAAAACAUGCCAGCCCUGCAAUAGAGUGGACGGUGGCCCGUCGUAUUAUAUGA